GUUCUUAGCUGUUGCAUAGAAACCGAGAAACACCGAUUUAGAGCAUCUUCACUCGCGUGAAUUUGCGGAUUGAUUAUUGGAUAAAUCAUUGAGGGAAAAUGAUGGCGAAUAAUAAGUUCAUUGUCAUGUGCACAGUUUCUCUGACUGUUUUGUUUAGUAUAGCUACGGUAUCAGCCUUCGUUGAAGAGCUCGAUGACACGUUUAAAGACACAAGAAAGCCUGAUGAGAUAUGGCUGAUAGGAUUCUACGCACCCUGGUGUACUUAUUGCAAGCAGUUGGACCCAGUGUGGUAUGAAAUCGGGGCGGAGCUGAAAAAUAUAGGCUCUCCAGUCAACGUGGGCAAGGUCGACGCAGACAUCCACACCAGUUUCGCAAAAGAGUUUCGAGUUACUGACUAUCCCGCUAUAAAGUUGUUGAAGGAUGACUUGAAAUACACCUACAGAGGUCCUAGAACCAAAGAUGGCAUCUUGGAGUUUGCAGACAGAGUAUCUGGACCUCUGGUGAGAUCACUGCCAAGCCAGCAGGUGUUUCAGAAUGUUAUGAGCAGACAUGGCGUUCUCUUUGUCUACGUUGGUGGGCCGUCGGACUUGAAGGAGAAGUACAUAUCUGUAGCCAAGGAAAUGAUUGUUCAUACUUACUUCUUCUCUGCUGCAAGGAACAUUUUACCCAAGACGGUUACUCUCGAGGAUUACCCGGCUGUGGCAGUGUUCAAGGACGGCACUUACUUCCUUUAUGAUGAACAACAGGAUGGGGACCUGACGUCGUGGAUCAAUAGAGAAAGAUUCCUCAAUUACCUCCCGAUUGACAGCUACACCUUGUAUGCAAUGGGAGAUACAGACAAACUGGUGGUUCUGGCUGUAGUGGAGGAGAAAACCCCUACUAAGGAGAGCAUCCAUUACAAGACCAUGGUGAAAAGAGUGGCCACUGAAUACAAAGACUUCUAUAGCAGAGAAUUCCAGUUUGGUCAUAUGGACGGAAACGAGUACAUCAAUGGCCUCAUAAUGGAGGAAGUGUCCAUGCCCUUUAUCAUCGUGCUCAACAUGUCUAACGAUGGAUAUUUCUUGCCGCCCAACAAAGUGGAGACAAAGGACCAGCUGUUGAAGUUCAUCGAUGGCGUGUUGAAGGGCCGGAUUAAGUCCCAGGGGGGGAAUGGAUUCUAUCAACGCUUUAUAAGGAUGGCGUUCAACACCAAAACGACUCUUACCAUUAUAUUUACCAAAGCACCCCUUCUGGGCAUCUUCCUCGUCUUUGUUUUUGGCUUUGUGGGGAGUACCUUCUGUUACGUCCUGUACAAGACCUGCCAUAUCGUCAGAUCAGGAAUGAAGGAUGAGGAACCAAUCACUGGAGAGAGGGAGGAACCAAACCAAGUCAAAGGUCCCGGGAGAGACAAGAAGACGAAAAAGAAAAAUCCUGCAGAAAAGAAGGCAGAUUAAGUAUGAAACAGACAGCUGACCUUCUGUCCUUUUUCUAUUGAGCUGCCCUCCUGGCCAGGUUUCCCUAAUAAAAUAGGUAUUCUGACCUCAAAGGGACUACCUGGAUAAAUAAAGAUUACAUCUAAAUAAAUAUUCUACAGAUGAGUGACCGAAUCAGUGGAUUCAGAGGAAAGAAUUCUUAUCGGAAAGUCUUUCAAAAGCGAACCAUUCCCCCUUCCCUCGGAUGUGCAUGUUUCCAACAAAAAAUUGCAUCAGUAAUUGUCCCAUACGAGUGAUGACUGUUCACCUCCAACGCUUGGAAGAACACUUUGGGACCUACUUCCCAAUUUGUUUGACUGUGAUCCUGGCUCCGUUGACAUGCCAGUAAGUGAAAUCGAACAGCUGAUCGAAGCUGUCAUGUGACCGAAUGCUGCAGACAACGCAUUCACAGGUCACUACGGAGGAGUUUUGGUUCCUGACUCAAAGGGAAUACCCUGCUGUCUCCAUCUGAGCAUUAAUGCCACAUUCAAAACAACUGGGAACUCGUACCUGGGAACUCGUUAAUCUCAGAAUUUCGACUUCAGUGCGUUCACGAUAACUGGAAACUUCUGAAAAAAAUUAGCUCUGACUGGGAAAAAAAUAGUUUUGAACGGUCAGCCAACUCGGAAUUCCUCUUUCUAGAACCCCGACUUUCUGACCUGAAGAUCACUGACGUCAUGAUUUGACCUCGUAUUUUUCAGGUUUUCCCAGUUGUCUUGAAUGCACCAUAAAACUCAUGGUACCUUUCGCCAGCUCAUAGCUGUGGGAAGCUAGAUAGAGUGCUCUCGUCUACAUUAAAACCAAAUAUCCAUCCAGGUUGGAUGUGACAGCAGAGAUGAGGUGCGCACUGUCGACCACGCCCCCUGACUUUGAGAAACUCUGACGAGACAUGCAUCAAACACACCCAUCUCAUUAGUGGUGGUGAGAUAAGAUACAUUAUGUCAGAGUAAUUUGCAAUUGACUGUCAUAGCCCCACAUUAACAGUAGGCCUACGAUGUGAUGGUGAGUUGAGAAGACAAUCAGAAAUAAUGUUAGAAUGUUUUCCAAUUGACUGUCAUAGUUCCAAAUAAAAAAGUAAACAUUG